CUUUUUUCUCUUAUGUUUUCUAUUUUAUUUUAUUUUCCGUUAUUCUUCUCCCCCCACUUCUGAGUGUGACCCCACCAAACAGCGCCUUCAGCCCUUCACUGGACUUUUAAUGCAGGAACUGGGGUACAGCGGGGGACGGCAACGUUUUUGGCCGAUCCCAAAUGCUGCAGGUGCUCUGAGCACAUGCAAGAUUCAAUCCACAGAGAACAGUUCUCAAACAGGUUCACCCCGUCAUCUUUGCUCGCUCGCCCUACCCUGCCUAGCCCGCACUCACUCACUCUACACCCUGAUUCCAUCAACUAGCAGGUAGACCUCUUCUCUUCUUUGGCUAUGGCUGGCUCUUCAACUCUUCUCAUUUCGGAUACGCUUUGCUGAAGCCAGAUUAUACGUGUCCGACCGGCCCAGGCGGUUCUGCGGUCGGAUCGUCCUCAGGAUGAAUUCAGACACGAAGCGCAUCCUGAGCCAGUUCGAUUCCUACGACGAUCCCGGCAUCUACCCAGGUUACUACUCCUCAGAUCGGCUGAUAGAUCGUCUCUUCCAUCCAACUGUCCUCAUUUCCGUUGUCGUUAUCGGCCUGGCCAUCUACUACCAAAGGGCCUCACAGAACGGAGAGCUUCGCCCGCUGCUCGAGCUUUUGUGGGACCGCUUUGUCCAUAUAAUCCCCGCGAGAUUGCUGUAUGCUAUCGACAACUGGCUCAACCCACCGUUGUUCCCGACACCCAUGCUUCAGACACGGUCCCGCACCCAUGCCGCCAAGAGCGAGGUUCUUCGGAGGGUCCUGGGCAUGGACGGGCCGGGCGGGAUCAUGACAUCCAUGUCGCAGGCAGGGCGGAGGAGCUUGAGCAGUCUCGCCGGCGGCCUUUCGGGUACCAAGGGCUACUCGGACACGCCGCCCGGUCUGGGAAACUGGGAUAACUCGUGUUACCAGAAUAGCAUCCUGCAGAGCCUCGUGGCGCUGAAGCCGCUGCCGCCGUAUCUUGCGAGCUCCGUGGCAGGCAGGGCACAGGGCCGGCUAAACACGACCAUGGUGGAUGCACUGCGCGACCUGCUCGGGGAUUUGAAUGACGAGUCGAACAAUGGAAAGACAUUGUGGACGCCAAGUAUCCUCAAGAAUAUGAGUACUUGGCAGCAGCAGGACGCUCAGGAGUACUUCUCAAAGCUGCUGGACGAGAUGGACAAAGAGAUGGCGAAAGCAGCCAGGGCCAUGCAAAAACCGGCCGGGCUUGUCUUCGACCUUACGAGCGACGAGACUACGGCCAGCCAGCAUAGCGACGACAGCGGCUAUCAGAGUCUAUCUAACCAUUCGAAAGCGGGCGCCGAGCUCAGGCCGUUGCGGAAUCCCCUCGAGGGUCUUGCUGCUCAAAGGGUCGCCUGCACGGCGUGCGGCUACUCGGAAGGGCUGUCGAUGAUCCCAUUCAACUGCCUUACCCUGAGCCUCGGCACGGAUAAGAACGAGCACGAUCUUUACGAGAGAUUGGAUAGCUAUACGAAAGUAGAGUCUAUUCCCGGUGUCGACUGUGCGAAGUGCACUCUGCUCAAGUUUAGGAAGAUGAUCAACAUUAUCAUUGAAAGGAGCCAGAAUGCCGGGACGAGCGAAAAAGACUUCCCGGAACCGUUUGCAAGGUUGCGUGCUAUAGACGACGCACUCGAGGAGGAUGAUUUCGAUGACAAGACCUUGUCGGAAGGCUGCAAGAUACCCCCGCAGCAGCGAGUCAGCUCGACGAAAACGAAACAAGCAGUCAUUGCUCGGGCCCCGCAGAGCCUGGCCAUCCACAUGAAUCGGUCCGUCUUUGACGAGUCCACGGGCUUCAUGUUCAAGAACCCCGCUGCCGUCAGAUUCCCCAUGACCCUGGACCUCGGUCCAUGGUGCCUCGGGAGCGCGGACCGAUUAACAGGCCACAUCGGUGAGACGGCAGUGGAUCCUGUGGAUGAGAAGGUCGUCCUCGGCGCAAAAGACGAGGAACAGUGGUUGCUAGACCCGAGGGUUUCCAUGGUAGCUGGCGACAAGCACCCGUCUAAGAUCACAGGGCCUAUAUACGAGCUUCGAGCGGUAAUCACGCACUAUGGCCAGCAUGAGAACGGGCAUUACGUCUGUUACAGGAGGCACCCCCGGUCCUCACACCCGUGCGGAGGGGAACCCCCCCAGCUCAGAUCGGAGGAUGAUUGGGAUGGUGUCAACAGCCUGGAUGGGAAGACUUCGUUUGAGCACGACGGGCCCGAUUCGGACGCACCGAGGCAAGCAGAGCCGCAGGACACGGAGGAGGAGCCCCCGUCUCAGUGGUGGAGGCUGAGCGACCAGGACGUGACCGUUGCCGAUGAGGAGACGGUCCUCAGGCAGGGCGGCGUUUUCAUGCUCUUCUACGACUGCGUCGACCCCAGCUCCGUGGUGAUGUCAGACGAGGAUGCCUUGGCUGAUACAGUGAUGUUGCAUGGAGGGCUGGUGAAGCCCGGUGUGGGAGUCAAGGAGGCUACCGGUGUUUCCAAGGGCGGCGGCUCGGAAAGCGCACAUGCUCCUCGGAGUGCCAAGUUUGCCGCGUCAAAAACAGCGACCGUGGGCGGCGACGACGAGGUUUUAGAGAGGGCGAGGGGAGCACCUCUACCACUGGAGAGUGAUGACGAUGGCCUGUGAGCGUGUAUGACAGGGACGAACGUGGACCUUAUGGCGCAGGACGGGAGUGCAGUUGUGCUGUAUUAUUUUGCAUAGCGAUGGCGUUGGGGGGUGAUACCACUUACGGGCUGUUUGCACAAAGUCACAGUCACGAAAUUCGGGGCAUAUUUCCUAGUAUGGUUGCAACGGGAAUGCUAAUUAACGAAACCGACUUCUGGGAAUGUUUUGGUUCAUUGCCAGGUGGAUAUAUUCCACUGAGCGGAUUAUGAAUACAUCGAUAUUACAGGUUCUA